AUCACAUAUACAACAAAUUAACAAACAAAAAAAACUAACCAAGUACAAAAUUGAAUUAACCUAUUUUUAUUUUUUUCUGUUUUUUUGAUUUUAUUCUUAUUCAUAAGUAUACACAAUGAACCCUUCUUCGUCUUCUUCCCGUGUCCGACUCCCAUCGCCGCCCCUUCAUAGUAGAUCCAAGCGCAUGCUCGGCGGUGGAAAUGUGGCUGAUUUACUGCUGUGGAAGAACAAGCAAGUGUCAGCAGCAAUGGUGAUUGGAGUGACACUUGUAUGGUUCCUAUUGGAAGUGGAGGAAUUUACCGUUGUGUCCCUCUUGUCUUACCUCUCCAUCUUUGCCAUGGCCCUCCUUUUCCUCUGGUCCACCGCCUCUUCACUUUUUGACAUCUGGAGCCCUCCGGAUUUGGAAGAUGUGGCAAUACCAGAGUCAACAAUCAAAUGGUUAUUUGGGAAGCUCAAUAAGUUCCUAUUGACAUUCUAUGAAGUGGCUUCUGGCAAAGAUUUGAGAAAAUUUAUCUUGGCAAUAACUGUCCUUUGGAUACUAUCAGUAAUUGGAAAUUACUUCAACUUCUUGAAUCUUGUAUACACGGGAUUUAUCUGUCUCGCGACAAUACCAGCAAUUUAUGAAAGGUAUGAAAGCGACGUGAACCGUUUGGCAAGCAAAGGUUAUGAAGAUUUUAAGGUUCUGUAUGAAAAAAGUGGCCUCAAAGCUCAAUUUGACAAGAUUCCUAAAAAACCCCUCAAGCAAAGAAAGAUUGCUUAACUAUAUUUAUUUAGUUGGCUAUAUAUAAAUGUGUGUGUGUGUGUAUGCAUUAUAUGUAUGUUUAGUACGUGUGAAAUCAUCAAUGUGCUUGUUGAAUAAAAGAAAGAUUAUUUCAUCUAGUUGUGUCAAUAUAUACGAACACUCUCAGCCCAAGUUUGUCAAAACACUUUUGUUCGAAAAAGAAAUAUUAUAACAAUUG